AUGAGAGUCGCUGCCGCUGGUCUUGCCCUUUGGGCGUCUGUUGCCGUUGCAACUCCGUCAGACAAGGGCUACCACUACCGUUCUGCCGAAGAGAUGAAGAACGAGCUGUUGCCCUUGUCUGAGAUGUCCUUCACUGGCCCAAUCACCGUUGGAGGCCCCAACGUCACUCUCCACGGCGACGCCUCGUCCAUCUAUGACCAGAUAUUGGCCCUCAACCCUGAAUUCGACGCGAGCGCAUUUGGAGGCGCCGCCAGCGUCGAGCACGGCUUGGAAGCCAGACAAUCCACCGGCAACUGGAACUGCAACAACGGAGUCACUGUUGAGAGAUACUACUCGCAAUGUGCCAACGCCAUCAACCGCCUGUUCACUCUGGGCACCUCGUACUGCAGUGUUGCCCCUAGCACUUGCGCUCGGGUGAGCUGCUCCAACAGUUGCUCCAUUUACCUGUGCAACAACCAAUUCUCCCAAGUCAACGUGUACUGCCAGGAUAUCGCUAUCGACAUGGGCAUCAUUGUUAGCAAAUGUGGCUCGGACAACGGCAACGGCGAUACGAGAGCUCGCGGUAGCCUGCAUUUCACCGGCCACUACACCUCGCUCACCCAGCAGGCGUGCUAG